UUAAGGAAAUACAUGGCGGUUGGAUUUUGUGAGCAACGAAAUCAACGCUAUGAAUCGCAAAACCUUUUAAAAUGAGUUAAUAUUUCCACGACAGCUGUUUCUCAGUUGUGGUUUUAGCUAGUUAGUGAAAUAGAUAACGAGUUUGGAGUUGCAUUAGCUGUUUUUAAUCGUCGGAGGAGUGUUACAGUCGUCCGGCACCAUGAUGGAGUCAUGCUUUAACAACAAGCUGCCCAGGGCAGAAACCAUCCAGGUAGAGGACCUGAGGAGAGAUCUCCGCUUUGAUCUGACUGAAAUUGCAGAGGCUCAGGACUCCAGCUGCUUGGACAAAGAGUUUCUACAGGUGUACCUCCGGAUAAGACCUUUCUCGCAGGCUGAAAUUGAGAACGGAGAAUCACAGGACUGCAUCACCAUCCAGCACCCGGACACGGUGCUUCUCAAGGCCCCGAGGUCGUCUCUCUCAGCCCGGGCAGGCGACAAAUCUAUUCCACAAACAGCGCAGCGGUUUCAGUUCUCUCAGGUUUUUGGAGCAGACACAUCGCAGAAGGACCUGUUUGAGGGCACGGUGAGGAACCUGGUCAGAGAUGUCCUGGAGGGGAAAAACUCUCUGGUCUUUACGUACGGAGUCACGAAUGCAGGAAAGACCUUCACUUUUUUAGGCCCAGAGCACGACGUUGGCAUUCUGCCACGCUCCUUAAACAUGAUCUUCAGCAAUCUGGAAGGUCGGAUCUUUACCAAGCCCAGCGUGAAGCCUCACCGCUGCCACGAUGUUUUAAAGCUCAAUAAGGAGCAGGAGAUGGAGGAAAACGUCAGCAAGCGCAACCUAUUUAGACUCCUCAGGGAGAAUGAUUCUCAGAAGAACACAAGCAGCCUGAGCUCCAGCUCCAGAUCUGAAGGUUUGGACCUGGCUGAUCCCGACAGCUCGGCGUCUGACAGGAGCUCCAGCAUGGACCUGGAUUUCCACACCAGGUUUUCCGUCUGGGUGUCCUUCUGCGAAAUCUACAACGAGAACAUCCAUGAUCUGCUAGAGCAGCCGAGCGGUACCGGAACUCGUCGGGCCAACCUGCGCCUCUGCCAAGACACUAAGGGGAACUCCUUCAUCAAGGACCUGCGCUGGGUGCAGGUGAACAGCCCUGAUGAAGCAUUUAAAGUCAUGAAACUGGGCAAAAAAAACCAGAGCAUUUCAUCCACCAAACUCAACCAGCUGUCCAGCAGAAGUCACAGUAUCUUCACAGUGAGAAUCUUGAGGAUCGAGGAUGUUGCAUCUCUCAGUGUGCAGUCUGUCAGUGAGCUGUCGCUGUGUGAUCUGGCAGGAUCAGAGCGAUGUUAUAAAACUCAGAAUAGAGGUGAUCGACUAAAAGAGGCAGGGAAUAUUAACACAUCUCUGCUGAGUCUGGGGAAAUGCAUUAAUGCUCUGAGGGUCAGCGGGCAGGCCAGACAGCACGUGCCCUUCAGAGAGAGUAAACUCACACACUACCUGCAGGGGUUUUUCACAGGCCGUGGAAGAGCCGCCAUGAUUGUCAACAUCAACCAGUGCGCCUCCAUGUAUGACGAGACACUUAACGUCCUCAAGUUCUCUGCUGUGGCACAAAAGGUGGUGGUCCUCAGCAUCCCCUCUGUCCUCCCGUUGGUGGUGAAGAGGAGUGCAAGGGAGGUGUCUUUCAUCAUCAACAAGGCGACUCGGAUGGAGGCGCGGCGCACGUCUUUGGUGAGAUGGGAGCACAGCCGACGGGACGAGGAUGAGGUCUCCGACGAUGAGGAGGAGGACGACGUGGAUGAGAGUCUGCUGGAGGACACCCUCCAGGAGGAAGAAGGAAAGGAGACGGUGCUGCUGGAUAAGGAGGUGUACGAGAAUCAGCUGCUGCAGUUAGAGGAGCUACAGGAGCAGUUGAGGGUGGCCAGGGCGGAGUCUGUUGCUGUGGAGAGUCGGAUCCGAGAGGAAGUCACUAAAGAAUUCUCUGAGCUCUUCACUCAGAUGCAGAAUGACUACAAUGAGCGUAUCAGUAAAGAGCGAGAGCUCAUGGAGGAAAGAUGUGAGAACCGGCUUGAGAUUUUCAAACAGUUAGUGGAGAAAACCACCGGAGAACCUCACAGUGAUGGAGAAGAUCCUGCUAAAGAACAGGACCGAGAGCCUCCAUCUCUAAACGGCAUGCUUGACUCUAUGUCUUCUGACCUGGCCGGAAUCAGGAAGGAUGCCGAAGCAGCACAGUCGUGCCUGGUACCCUUCGACAGCCGAACCUCAGUGAUGCUGCGUGACCUUGAGACAAAGGUCACAGAACUGACCGAGAAGCUCAGUGAAACACAGAAUAAGCUGACGAGCAGAACUCAGGAGUUGGAAGCUCAGAGUAACCUGGUGAAGGAGCUACAGGACAUGAGAAAGACUCUGCAGAACCGUGAGCAGAGAUUAAGUGACCUCAUGGUAAUGUGUGUGGAGAAAGACGACAUGAUUGCUAAAGUUCAGGCAGAACUUGACCGAGCUGUAGAGGACUGCGCCAAGAAUAGCGCUCUAAUUAAGGACCUACUCCAGCAAAAACAAAACUGCACAUGCUCAGCACAUCAACUGCACCCUCAAACCAGAAAGCGUAGACAGGAAGGGGCAGGACCGGACAACAUCCACGGACAACCCCCUUUAAAGAAAGGGUCACUUAAGACAAGUGUCUCAGAAGAACCUGUGGUGAAGGAUGAUGAGGAACCCAUAAAUGAGGUCAAAGGCUCUCUGGACAUCUGCAACAACGACUCUUCUCUGACUGAAGUCAAAGGUCAGAACAGGUUGCAUCAGAAAGAUGAGCAGAUCACAGGCCUGGAACGGGAACGCCAGACUCUGGAAUCCUGUGUACAGGAGCUGGAAAAAGAGAAGCGAUCCUGCACUGGAGUUUUGCGAGAGUUGGAGCAGAAGAUUGUGGCAGAGCAGCAGCAAACGUUUCACUCCGUCAUCACAAGGAUGAAUGAGAUGGAGAAGAAGCUCAGCACUGCAGAGAAAACCUGCACUGUCUUCAGAAGGACUGAGACGGAGCACAAAAACUCAGUCAUCAGAAACCUGGAACAGGAAGCGACUCGGCUCAGACAGGAAGCAAAACAGUUUGGCGAUGUGAAGGCUUCACAUGAUGAAGUCUCCAGGUUACAGCAGGAAAAUGAGAGUAAAGGCGAGAGAGUAAAAAUCCUGGAGCAACAGCUGCUAGAACACAAAAAUAUUCAUGCUGACGUUCAGAGAGUUAACUUUGACCUCCAGGCUGAGGUCACAAACCUGAAAGGUGUUAUCAAGGAAUUAGAGGAGAAAGCAGCACUUCUAGAGAAGGAGAGCACUCUAAACCAAAAAGAGAAGACCGAUAUCGAGAUGCCCGAUAAAGAGGCUCAGCUAGCAAAGAGAGAGGCAGAACUUGCUGCGAAGGCCGCGGAGCUUUCUGUGUUCCAACAGGAAGCACAGGAGGCACGAAAGAGAGAGGUGGAGAGAAGAAGAGAGCUGCUGGCUGUAGCUGAGGAGGCCAUUGCUCAAAAAGAUGCAGAGCUUCAAAAACGAGAGGCAGAGAUGUCCAGGCUGAAGGAGGAGAUGAAGUGUAGCAGUGAAAAGUUGUCGAGUCUCUCGCUAGAUGUACAGAGGAGAGAGGACGAAUCAUCUGACCUGAGGGAGAAACUUGCUGACGCAAAAAAACAGAUUCAGCAGGUGCAGAGGGAGAUCGGCUCCAUGCGUGAUGUAGAAAAGUCUCUAAGACAGAAGCUGAGUGAUGUGGAGAAGAUAAAAUCCCAGCUACAGAACGAGCUCUCGAGCCGAGAUCGCACCAUCCAGCAGCUCAGGAGUUCCCGUUCAUCCGAAUCUAAGACCGAGGAUCACGCCCAUCUUUACGAGAAAGCUCUUAAAGACCUGCAGGAGCGUCAGGGUGUGAUAGAGGAGAUGCGUUUGGUUCUCGGUGAGCAGGAAGAGACUCAGACUCAGAUGGACUUGGAGCUGGAGAACAGAGAAACUCAGAUCCAUCAGCUCACUCAGGAGCUGGACAACCUGAAAGAGCUGCUUCUGAAACAAAAGAACAGUAACCAGUUACAUCACCAUGAACCAGCACACAGUGAUGACAUCAUACGGGCCAGAGAGGAAGCAGCGCGGGCUCAGGACACCCUGAAGGCGGUCAGUGAGAAGCAUCAGGCCGAGCGCAGGAAGUGGACGGACGAGAAGCUGGUCCUGAUUGCUCAGGCAAAGGAUGCAGAGGAGAGGAGGAACCAGGACAUGAGACGAUACGCUGAGGACAGAGAGAGACAUGCCCGUCAGCACACCGAGAUGGAUUCACUGAAGGCCUGUCUGGCUGAGCGUGAGCAGGAGAUGGACGGGUGGAGGAAGGAAAGAGACACACUCGUCUCAGCUCUGGAGGUCCAGCUGAAGAAACUGGUCUCCACCAUCGUAGAGAAAGACCAGCAGAUCAUCGAGCUGAAGCGCACUGAAACACUUCGGCCACCAGAGGAGGGUGACAAUGGAGUGAUGGAGCAGUUAAAAGAGAAGGAGGCGGAACUUGAACGACUGAGAGAGCAGCUCAGAGAGACAACACACACCACUACAGAGUCAUCUACACAGGUUGCCAUUACAUCACUGUCUGUAACCAUAUCAACAACCUACGGCACUACUCUGAAACAAACAGGCCGAACCCGAGCUUCUGUCACCAGUCAGGGUUCCUGCAGCAGCGGCCCAUCCGUGUUGGACUCGUCGGUCAUCUCCACGGAAACUGGUCGGUGUUCUCGGUUUCCGCGGCCUGAGUUGGAGAUCUCGUUCAGCUCCCUGCAUCCUGAACGCUUCCGACUAAAACGUCCCGGAGACAGCGGAGAGAUCACCGUCAACGUUUCACACACACGCAAGAGGAAGAGCAGCGAGGUGAAGAGGGAUGGGGUGGAGAGUGAGAACAAGAGGAAUAUGAGGUGUAAGAAAGCUCCUGGUCUCCCUGCGCAUCAGGAGGAGGAGAUGGCUCCGGCGCUAGUCGGGAAAAGUUCCCAUGAUUCCGAGUCGAGUCUGCGAGGGAAAAAGGAGGGAAAGUUGCAGAAGAUUGGAGAUUUCCUAAACAGCUCUCCAACAUUCCUGGGCAGUAAAGCUAAGAGGAUUAUGGGAUUGAUGAGUGGAAGGUCUCCAGAUGAAGGUGGCUCGUCUCUGAGUCUGACACGCUCCAAACGAAAGAUCAACAUCUCGUCCCCUAUGAAUAUCUCCGCUAACCAGUUUAUCAGUCGUGACACGGAGGAGAGAGAAGAUCAGAUGAACAUCAAGAAACGACUUCGCACCAAAACCCCGAAGUAAAAGUUUCUCCUCCAUAGUUAUGACAUCAUCACUACAGCUGCUUACUGUCUCCUCCUCUCAGCAGCACUUUUUAUUGCACAAGUUUAUUUUACAUGACUUUAUACUGUAUUAAAGAUCAAUCUGUUAGAUCUGACUGACUUUAAUGAAGACUUUAGAUUUUAUUUUAUUAUCUCUAACACUAAUGAGAAUUAAGCUAUAUGGGGAUCUUUUUUAAUUUAACUUUUUUGGUGGUAUGUUUAAUUUGUGACAUUUAUUCAGUCUGUCUGGAUGAAUAAAUGUAAAUACCCCACACACACUGAGUCUGGAUUUUGAUUGGUGCAAUUUAUGAUCGUUUUAAUAGUAAAAGCAGACACUGUAUGUAAACUGAGUUAACAUGGAUGG